GCCCGGAGGACCAGUCGGUCCUCCAACCAAUCACGGCGGGAAGGGGGCGGGGCUGGAUUCCCACCUCUUGCGAUUUGGGCUCUGCCAAGGUUGUCCCACCUUCAUUGUCCAUGCGGAAGCUCCCAGUGAGGAGGUGCAAUUGAGAUGGGCUAUUCUUUAAAUUGUGAUCAAAAUGCAGAUUUUUUAUCUCACGAAGAAAAAAAAGGGAUAAGUCAUUUCUCCAAUUAGGGAAUCAGCGGGGGAGGAUGAACAGGCAGGAAAAUCAAACCAACAAUCAUGCCAGGGCCUGACAGAGGCCCUCGAUUCAUCAGCAUCUGAUCAAUCGGCCUUUGAAUGUGGAAGGAGAAGUGUUUACCUGUGGGAAAAGAUUCCAAACAUCAGUGUGACUGGAAAAGCACCGAGACACACUCACACACACAGUGAGAGUGUUUCCAGUGCACUGACUGUGGAAAGGCCCGUUACACAGCCUGAGAAAAACAUCACCAUUCACAGCGGGGAGAAACCGUACACUUGUUCUGUGUGCGGACGAGGCUUUGGCUGAUUGUCCAACCUGGAAAGUCACAAGGAUACCUGGACCAUGGAGAAACCGUGGAAAUGUGCGGACUGUGGGAAGGGAUUCAAUUACCCAUCCCAGCUGGAAUCUCAUCGACGCACUCACACCGGGGAGAGACCGUUCACCUGCUCUCAGUGUGGGAAGGGAUUCAGUGAUUCAUCCAGCCUGCAGACACACCAGCGGGUUCAUACAGGGGAGAGGCCAUUCACCUGCUCGGAGUGUGGGAAGGGAUUCACUGAUUCGUCCAACCUGCAGAGGCAUCGCCGAAUCCAUUCUGGGCCGAGGCCAUUCACCUGCUCUGAGUGCGGGAAGGGGUUCACUGGUUCUUCCAGCCUGCUGACCCACCAGCGUCUUCACACUGGGGAGAGCCCCUUCAUCUGCUCCAUGUGUGGGACUGGAUUCAGCGAUCCAUCCACCCUGCAGACUCACUGGCAGGUUCACGCCGGGGAGAGGCCGUUCACUUGCACUGAGUGUGGGAAAGGAUUUGCUCAUUCCUCUGACCUCCUGAGACACCAGCGAGUUCACACCGGGGAGAGGCCAUUCACCUGCUUCGAGUGUGGGACGGGAUUCACUCAGCUGUCCAACCUGCUGAGGCACCAGCGAGUCCACACCGGGGAGAGGCCGUUCACCUGCCCCGAGUGCGGGAAGGGAUUCACUCAGUUGUCGAGUCUGCUGACCCACCGGCGCAUUCACACCGGGGAGAGGCCAUUCACCUGCUCCGUGUGCGGGAACGGGUUCAGUGACUCAUCCACCCUGCGGAAACACCGGCUCAUCCACACCGGGGAGAGGCCCUUCACCUGCACCGUGUGUGGGAAGGGGUUCACUCGGUCAUCCAGCCUGCUGACCCACCAGGGCAGUCACACCGGGGAGAGGCCGUUCACCUGCCCCAAGUGCGGGAAGGGAUUCACUCAGUUGUCGAGUCUGCUGACGCACAGACGCAUCCACACCGGGGAGAGGCCGUUCACCUGCUCCGUGUGCGGGAACGGGUUCAGUGACUCGUCCACGCUGCGGAAGCACCGGCUCGUCCACACCGGGGAGAGGCCCUUCACCUGCUCCGUGUGUGGGAAUGGAUUCACUCAGUCGUCCACCCUGAGGAAACACCGGCUCGUCCACAGCGGGGAGGGGCCGUUCACCUGCUCGGAGUGUGGGAAGGGGUUCGCUUGCUCUUCCAAGCUGCUGAGACACCACAGAAGCCACACCAAUUAGAGACCAUUUCAGUGCUCGGACUUUGGGAGUGACUUUUUCAAAAGCUCUGAAGAACUGACAUGGCAUUCGCAGUGAGGAGAGACUGGUCAGCUGCUCCUGCUGCUUGAAGAAGUUUAGAAUGUCAUCCAAGCUGCUGAGAGACCAGCGAGUGGCCAAGUGACGACAGGGGCUGGAUUCUGCCAUUGUUGCUGCUGUUAAUCACAUCCAGGACUGAACCACGUUCAUUCUGACAGUUGGAGUGUCAAGGGAGCGACCCAUUUAAUGAAGAAAUUGAGGUGCCGAUUACAUUACUGAAGUAAAAAUUGAACUUCAAUUUGCAGCGUUUGAAUCAUUGCCAAAAAAUAACACAGUGCAAGACACAACACAGGAACUCAGCAAAUAAAAACCUUGAAUGCCUUACUGUUGGAAUAAAGCCAAACAACUGUAGGAACCCAGCCGGUCAACAAUGUGACCUUCAGGGAUUCAAAGAGAGAUUGAUAAGAAUUUAUUUUUUAAAAAAAACGUCUUUAUAGAAUGCCAGCUUGUUUUGUUACAGCUGCAGAGACAAAGACGGUUUCUUAAAAAGCCAACACACACACACACAAAGACUGAGGUCACCCAUCUUUAGGACACUAAUGGUUGAGGUCUGAGAGAAUCCCCCCCUCUAAGAUUGAGCCAAAAACAUUCCAUACUAUUAAGAAAUUAUACUGGGUUGUAAGUAUAACCUUCCUCAAAUCAACAUCUGUUUGCACAUCCAAAUUGUUUGGCUGGGUGGAUUUAAAAAUCGUACGUAACCUUAAGUAGAAUUAUCAUGUACAACUAGUUUUAAUUACCACCUAUCCUGUGAAAUAGUAUUCCUUACUAUAAUGUAAUCCACAAUUGAUUCCUGCAAUAAACAUUCAUAAGCAAAUACAAAAGCCUCAUAGCCUCAUACUUCAAUCCUCAAGAGCCCACCUCGAGAUAACGCUAUCCUAGAGUUCUUCAGUUAGUAUCCUCAGGGCUCAUAUCGGUAAGUUUCUAGGAUAAUAUAGAUUCCCAUGGAUAUGUUCCACCCUGAGAUAAUUGGAUUGAAAGCCCCAAGGAGGGAG